GGUUACAUACCUUCAUUUCUGGGUUCAAACAUUAAAGUAGUGGACUGGUUACCUCAGAAUGAUCUUCUGGGUCACAAGGAUAUCAAAGCUUUUGUGACUCAUGUAGGACACAACAGUCUUUAUGAGUCUGCAUAUCAUGGAGUUCCUGUGGUAGCUGUUCCAUUGUUCGCAGAUCAGUUUGCGAAUGCCAGAAAAGCGGAACAUUUUGGUCUUGGUUUGACAGUUAAUCACAGAGGUACUACUGUCCAACAACUUGUUGAAACAAUCGAGCUGGUCGUUAGAGAACCAAGGUGAUAUCUGGUUUCAGUUUCUUCCACUGUUAUAAGUGUGUAUAUGUAUAAGUGUUUUUAAGCGCAAAACGGUCGAUUUUUUUUUCGAAAUCGCUGCUUGCUAGAGGCCAACAUUCCCAACGGCAGUUUGAAACGAGAGAGGUUAGAAACUAACCACGCGUUUCUCUCCUAGUCUCCAUCUCCGCCUUCAAAGCCUCGCCUGUAGAACUUUUGGUUUUGUGACCAACUCAAAAUUAAGGCUAUUUUACAGCCAGUGUCUAUACGUAAAUAUCAAGGAAUAUUUCUUUCUUAGGCAAUAUGACUCUGCAAUCACGGUCAUAAUUGGCUGAAACAUUUUCGGAAACACAACAUAAGUACAUACAUACUCUGAGUUCUUGCCCGAGAACACUUGUUGCACUUCUCUCCUAUCCUUCCCUUUAUGUUGCUUUCAGUGGAUUAAGGCUUACAUGGGCAUAAACCUUUCGAAAUGAAGUUUGAAUGCUGGGGAAGAAAUGCGCAAGGUUUUCAACAAUUAUGACCGGGAAAUUUGCUGAAAAUGAUAAGUGUGAAUGCUUGCCUAAACUAAUUUCGGCAAACGAGGCCAGUUUUGCAACCUUUCCAUGACAUUAUAGUCGCCCCCCAAAAAAGGGAAUCCAAGACAGUCUUGGAUUCUGGAUUCCAGUCUUUGUCAGUGGAACUUAGAUUUCGGAUUACAAUCCUUAGUGGGAUUCCGGAUUCCUUGAACUGUAUUCCGGAUUCCAAAGUCCAGGAGCCGGAUUCCACAGCCAAAAUUUCCCGGAAUCAAUCGGGAAUCCAGAUUCCUUUUCAUGGGGCGAAUUAUAGCGUGGCUGUAUUUUUCAGAUUCAAGCAGAGUGCCAUGCGUAUCUCCAGACUGUUAAAAGACCGUCCACGCUCCCCUCUUCAAGAGACCUGUGAUUGGAUAGAGUAUGUGAUCAGACAUGGUGGAGCUCAGCAUCUCAGAGCUCAAGUGUUUAACAUCCCUUGGUAUCAGUACUACCUACUUGAUGUUAUAGCUUUCCUUGUUGCUAUGGUGACCUUGGUUGUCGUGGUGAUCAGGUUGAGCUGUACAUGCCUAUGUCGUUUGUGCUGUAAAAGGAGAAGCGACAAAACCAAGAAGGAUUAA